AUGAAACUAAAAUUGUUAUCAUACAUACAAUUUAUACUUUUUCAAGUUUUAACUGUAUCUAAUAAUGUUGCCUCGAAAAGUCUACUGCCUGUUUUGUCAAUAGAUCCAAAAGCGAGGACUUCAACCAACCAAUCUGUGAAAAAUACACGAAGAUAUCUUCCGUUCAUAAUGCUGAUAGACCGGAAUAAAGAUACCAGCGAGUAUUGGCGUGAGACCGAGAUACUGUCCUUGCUCCGUAACGAUGAAGCCGGCAUAGACUAUGAGAAAUGUGAACAGAACGCCCCAGAAAUCACUUUAUUGCAUUUGCCUAGCAGAAGAUCUGUAAGACCUGUUUGUAGGACGCCUUACGAUUAUCAGCUUUGUCCACAAUGUCCGCGUUUCAACAACUAUACAGAAUGCGAGUUGUUCCGUGACUCCUGCAGAGAGAGGCGCGUCCACCCGAAUGAAUACCGCACGUACUGUGACCGGAAAUAUGGAAAAUGGCGGACCAUGUUCCUACCAUCUGAUUAUUCACAUUGCAGAUGCUGCGAUGAGUGUGUAUUUUAUAGAGAAAUGGACCAGUCGUGUGUAGAGGACGAGUACAGCUUCGAUACUGAAGAGUUUUUGCCUGUAAUUACAAUAGAUUUCAGAGCUGGUUGCAAUCCGUAUUGGGGUCAUCCCAAGCAAGAAGUGAAAGCUUUGCGUUGUGAUCAAGUGUUGAGAAGAUGUGUUCCUGUUUCCAUACCGGUCGUACCUAAUGAUACGCUGAAUGUACGUCGCAGUUUCCGCUACGAUGUCCCAACGGACGAAGAUUGUCCGGUCUCCUGCCGCGGUUAUGAAUGCCAGGGACUGGUGCAGGAACACCAGUGCCCGCCUGGUGGCUUCUUACCAGAUAAGAACUACUGUAAUUGCUGCGGCAAGUGCAGCUCCUAUCAUCAGUUGAACCAAAAGUGUGCCGAAUUUAAGAAGACCCUACACAAUAUCAACGGAAGCACCGAGAUAGAAAUAGAGGAGGAAUUCCUUGAGCCCGGCUGUGACGACGGACUAGUGUGUCGCCAAGGCGUGUGCCAGGACAUCCACACACUUCAGGCGUCAACUUCUCGUCACAAGAGGAACGAUAUUUAUGAAGAAGCCUAUGAGCCCUGCAAGCAAGAGAUGAAAUAUUUUAAGAAGAAAUACGGUGUAAUGGGCCACUUACACUACGAGGCGCCGCAGUGUACGCCGCUUUGGCUUUAUGCACCCGUACAGUGUCGUAGAUUCGUCUGCUACUGUGCCCUAGAGGAUGGUAGUAAAAUAGAAGGAAUAAAAGUGCCACGAGUUGAGGUGUCAAACAUGAAUUGUGACUGCGCUCGGGAGAAAUGUCGCACAGGCUCCGACGUGGAAUGCGAUGGAUAUGGUAACUACAAGGAAGCGGUGUUCAUGCCCCAUAUCGAUCAGUGGCCUGACCAGGAUGAGAUUGAUGACGAAGGUGUGUAUGGAGUCCUUACUUCUUGCUUCGGGUCUAUUCGUUAA